GUCCUCGAGCCGAGCCAGCCGCGGUGGCGGGCGGGGCCUGCGCAGUGUGCUCGCCCGCCCGAGCCGCACAGCCAGCUUCCGAGCCACCGCGGCAGGCGCUGCCCGCCCUCCUCCCCGUCUGUGCGUCUCCGCGGUGGAGGAGCUUGAGCGCUGCUGGGAGCCAGGCUCGGCGGCACCAUGGCCGUGGAGGAAGAGGGGCUCCGGGUUUUCCAGAGCGUCAAGAUUAAAAUAGGAGAAGCCAAAAAUCUUCCUACGUAUCCGGGGCCAAACAAGAUGAGAGAUUGUUACUGUACUGUAAACCUGGACCAGGAGGAGGUUUUCAGGACCAAAAUAGUGGAGAAAUCACUAUGCCCCUUCUAUGGAGAAGACUUUUACUGUGAAAUUCCUCGGAGUUUUCGUCACCUGUCAUUUUACAUUUUUGAUAGAGAUGUUUUCCGAAGGGAUUCCAUCAUAGGAAAAGUAGCUAUACAGAAGGAAGAUCUGCAGAAAUACCAUAACAGAGACACCUGGUUUCAGCUACAGCAUGUUGAUGCUGAUUCAGAAGUACAGGGAAAGGUACACCUAGAGCUGAGACUGAGUGAAGUCAUAACAGACACUGGUGUCGUUUGCCAUAAGCUUGCAACACGAGUUCUAGAAUGCAAAGGCCUCCCAAUAGUGAAUGGGCAAUGUGAUCCCUAUGCCACAGUUACCUUAGCAGGACCAUACAGAUCUGAAGCCAAAAAGACUAAAGUUAAAAAGAAGACGAACAAUCCACAGUUUGAUGAAGUGUUUUAUUUUGAGGUAACCAGACCUUGCAGCUACAACAAAAAAUCCCAUUUUGAUAUUGAAGAUGCCGAUGAGGUGGACAAAAUGGAGAUUAGAGUAGACCUUUGGAAUGCCAGCAACUUGAAGUUUGGAGAUGAGUUUCUAGGAGAACUAAGACUUCCAUUAAAAUUUCUCCGACAAUCCAGCUCUUAUGAAGCAUGGUAUUUCCUGCAGCCCAGAGAUAAUGGCAACAAGUCAUUGAAGCCAGAUGACCUUGGUUCCUUAAGGUUAAAUGUGGUUUACACUGAGGACCAUGUUUUUUCCUCAGACUAUUACAGCCCACUUAGAGACCUCCUGUUAAAAUCUGCAGAUGUUGAGCCUGUUUCGGCAUCUGCUGCACACGUGUUGGGUGAAGUUUGCAGAGAAAAACAGGAAGCAGCCAUUCCUCUGGUUAGGCUUUCUUUACACUAUGGCAAAAUUGUGCCUUUCAUCAGUGCAAUUGCAAAUGCUGAAGUGAAGAGAACUCAAGACCCCAACACCAUUUUCAGAGGAAAUUCAUUAACUUCCAAGUGCAUUGAUGAGACCAUGAAACUGGCAGGGAUGCAUUAUCUUCAGGUUACACUAAAGCCAAUUAUAGAUGAGAUCUGCCAGCUCCAUAAACCAUGUGAAAUAGAUCCUGUGAAGUUAAAAGAUGGUGAAAACCUGGAAAAUAACAGGGAAAAUCUGAGGCAGUAUGUUGACCGCAUUUUUACUGUCGUAACGAAAUCUGGAGUGAGCUGUCCUACAGUGAUGUGCGAUAUUUUCUUUUCACUGAGAGAGUCAGCUGCCAAACGUUUUCAAGGUGACCCAGAUGUACGGUAUACAGCUGUAAGCAGUUUCAUUUUCCUGAGAUUCUUUGCUCCUGCAAUUCUUUCUCCAAAUCUCUUUCAACUUACACCACACCACCCAGAUCCUCAGACCUCUAGAACUUUGACACUUAUCUCUAAGACCAUACAAACAUUGGGCAGUUUAUCAAAAUCUAAAUCUGCCAGCUUCAAGGAAUCUUACAUGGCCACUUUUUAUGACUAUUUUAAUGAGCAGAAAUAUGCAGAUGCAGUAAAAAAUUUCUUAGAUUUGAUUUCAUCCUCUGGAAGGAGAGAUCACAAGAGUAUAGAGCAACCCAUACUGCUUAAAGAAGGGUUUAUGAUCAAAAGAGCGCAAGGAAGAAAACGAUUUGGUAUGAAAAACUUCAAGAAGAGAUGGUUUCGCCUGACUAACCAUGAAUUUACCUAUCAGAAAAGCAAAGGUGAUCACCCACUGUGUAGCAUUCCAAUAGAAAACAUCCUGGCAGUGGAGAAAUUGGAAGAGGAGUCCUUUAAAAUGAAAAAUAUGUUCCAAGUGAUUCAGCCUGAGAGAGUCCUGUACAUCCAGGCAAAUAACUGUGUCGAGGCCAAGGACUGGAUUGACAUACUUACUAAAGUUAGCCAGUGCAACAAGAAACGCCUCACAGUCUACCACCCUUCCGCAUACCUUAAUGGACACUGGCUGUGCUGCAAGGCCACUGCAGAUAAUACUCCUGGCUGUACGCCCUGCACUGGAGGCCUCCCUGCAAAUAUACAACUAGACAUAGAUGGAGAUAGAGAAACUGAACGCAUCUACUCCCUUUUCAACUUGUAUAUGCCUAAAUUGGAGAAAAUGCAAGAGGCCUGUGGCAGCAAAUCUGUAUAUGAUGGGCCAGAACAAGAAGAGUACUCAACAUUUAUCAUUGAUGACCCAAAGGAGACUUAUAAAACACUAAAGCAGAUCAUAGAAGGUGUUGGAAUUUUAGAACAGGAACAUGCUCAGUAUAAGAGGGAUAAAUUCAAGAAGACAAAAUAUGGAAGCCAGGAACAUCCUAUUGGGGACAAGAGUUUACAGAGUUACAUCAGGCAGCAAUCUGAAAUCUCAGCACAUUCCGUUUAAAGUGUGAAGGAGAUCACAGGAUGGUGCUGACAGGUCAAAUCAAUGAAGCGACAAGCUUAAAAACUAAAAUAAAAGGGAAGCCACAUGUAGCAAAAUGUAGAUAACAAGUGUCAAGCUUACAAACUUUGGGACUUGCUAAGUGUGUUGUUCUUUCUCCAAGAACUGUUACGAUAGUUGCUAUGCACUUUAUUCAUCUGGUUAUCAACAGAUGAUUGAACUCUGCCUUCUAGGCAGCUGCUGUUUGUGUGUGUGUGUGUGUGUGUGUGUGUGUGUGUGUGUGUGUGUGUGUGUUUAUAUUUGUUUUGGUUUCUUGGAAUCUAGUGAUCAGUUCAAUGAUCAAGGUGUAUGGACUUCAUCUUGACACUCUGGCAGUUCCUUACAUUGCUGAAACCGAGCAAGCUGUUGAAAGGCAGCAUUUUCUAGAAUUGUUUGUUACUGUUUUUUGGGGGGUUUGUUCCUGGUUACUGUAUGUUAUGUCACACAUCCGCAUGCUAUCUUAGGAAAAGCUUAGUGACACUUUGCUGUUAAUGCCGACAUUAAAAAAGGAAAUGGUAAAAAAGCCCCUCUUUUUUCAGUGUCGUCUCCCACGUUGUAGCUUGUACUAUCGAGAGCUGGUUGAGGAGCAGGCCUUUUGUUUUUAUAGUAGCAUAAUUUCUGUUAAAAGAUGCACAGAUUUUAAUUGAACUCCAGAUCUGAGUGGUACUCUUGAUAUUUUUGAGAUACAAAGUUGUUUCUACAAAACCUUCAGUGGACUUCUGUUGUCAAUAUGAAAUCUUGAUUCUGUAAUGAAAUUAACUAACAUGAAUUAGAGUAGGUGAAAGAAAAUGUCUAGCCUUGACAUUAGUUUGCUGUACAGUCUGGUCACAGUAAGAUUUGAAUGGCUAUUUUGGAAGUGCCAUUUUAAGGAGAUUAGAGAGACAAGGUGGGGAAGGUGAUUGAUAUAUUUUAUUGGACCAAAUUCUGUUGGUGAGAGAGAGAAGCUUUUCAAGUUUACAUUUCCCACACCUGAAGAAAUGCUCUGUGUAAGGUCGGCUCUCUCACCAACAGAAGUUGGUCCAAUAAAAAGCUCACCCACCUUGUCUCUCUAAUAUUCUGGGACCAACAUGGCUACAACAACACUUGAUAAUUUAAGGGAAGGUUAAACAACUUGUUCUGAUUUUGAAAAAUGGCACUGCUUUUCCACUGCAGCCAGGAGAGUGCUUAGAGCCCUGUGCCUGACAGUUGAAAUAUACCAAGUCCCAAAUAGUCUUUGGAGAUGGUUUGCUACUGAAUAUUGCUUAAAAACUGAGAUCCAUGUGAUCCUGGCACCACUUGGUUUUUUGGAAUAUAGAUUUAUACUUUUCCAGUUUUUAAAAAAAAAAGUUUUUAAAAUCUUUUAAAAAAUAUGUAAAUAAAAGUUUGUUAAAAGUAAUUUAAGCUUUAGUACAUUAUUUUGUUAUGUGUAUUAAUAUGUUCUGAGUGUAGAGGAAGUAGAAUGAACUAUGUAUCUCACUAAUAUCAACAAAUGUGGAGGGGAAUUAAAAAUCUGCUAAAUAUAAAGUGUGUGUGUGCGCGCGCGUGUGUGCGCUGGUUAGUUGAAUGCCAUAACUCUCCUAUGUAAGGGUCUGAUUCAGUAAGCAUCUGGCUGAGAUUGCUCAGACGUCCAUGCAAUGUCAUGGAAGUUGUGUCGUAAGCUUCUGUGCAGCAGAACUGGGUAUUGUUUUUCAGUUGAAUUGGAUCAGAAAAUAUUAAACUUUCAGCUUUUUAAUGUGAAGAUAUUCAUAUCUUUUCCUAAAGUGUUACCAAAUAAAUUUUCAACAGUGUCCUCAUUGCAUUUGGAGCAUACAAGAUGGCUGACUUAGUUUGAAAGUCUCUGUUUAUUAGUGAUGUUGUUAGGAAUGGGAUUUCUUUGUUCUGUGUGAACAUGCUAUAGACCAGAAUCCCAACAAAUGAUCAUCAUGUUAUUCAUUGUCACCAGGAAGAGUGGGGGAGGGGAAAUAGAAAAGUGUUGCAAAACAUGAAUUUUGGACUCCAAGCUGUUAGCUGCCAUUUAAUUGCAAUUUUAACUGUAUUUAUAACUUAAUAUUCUGUUUAUAAAAUACUAAUGAUCGUAAUGUGUGUUCUACUUGCCAAUUUAAAAAAGUGUUUUAUUUCUGAAAA